CGGACGGGUGGACGCCCCAGGGACCGGGGAGGAGGGUUGAGGGAGGGAUAUCAGGGUCUUGUUAUGAUGUUUACUUUCUUGUGUGGGGGGGGGUGUAUGUACGUCAUAUGAGGUGCGAAGCUGGGAAAUGCAGCCCUACGGCUUAUGCCCGACGUCUAGGGCUCGUGUGGUGGGUGGGGAACGGAAGGGAAGGGUAUGGAUUUUUAUCAGGGUCUUUACAGGUUUCUUGUUCGUUGAUUUUUUUCAUCUUGGUGUAGGGAUUGACGGAGGUGAGGAGGUUGUAAGGUUUUUGUUUAGUCCGUGUGUUGGGUAUUUUGAAUGUUAUCCUCUAUAAUUUACUACAAUUAUUAAACUUUCUAAGAAAAAGGUUGAG